GAGACCUUGUUCCCUUACAUCAAGGACAACGUGAAGGAGUACCUGCUUGCUCACUGGGAGGAGGAGGAGUGCCAGCGGGACGUCGGACUCCUGAGGAAACAGGCUCAGGAGGACUCCAGCCUGGAUGGAGCCGUGCCGAUCCCUUUGGAGAGCGGAAGCGGAGAAGAGGAGCUGGAACGGGUCAUUCAGGCGGUUGUGGACAACGUGCACUGGCAGAUGUCCCUCGACAGGAAGACCACAGCCCUGAAGCAGCUGCAGGGCCACAUGUGGAGGGCAGCCUAUGCAACUGGGCACGUCAAAGGAGAAGUCUUCGAGGACGUGGUUCCAGCCAUCCGGAAGUGGCGGGAAGCGGGGAUGAAGGUCUAUAUCUACUCCUCGGGCAGCGUUGAAGCCCAGAAGCUUCUGUUCGGAUACUCUACAGAAGGUGAUAUCCUAGAGCUCUUCGACGGCCACUUUGAUACCAAAAUAGGCCCCAAGGUAGAAAGCGAGAGCUACAGGAGGAUUGCUGCCAGUAUCGGGUGUGCCACCAAAAACAUCCUCUUCCUGACAGAUGUCCCUCGAGAAGCCAACGCAGCUGAGGAAGCAGAUACUCAUGUGGCCGUGGUGAUCAGACCAGGCAAUGCAGGGCUGACGGACGAUGAGAAAUCGUAUUACAACCUCAUCUCAUCUUUCACUGAACUUUUCCUGCCUUCCUCCACUUAGGGAAAGCAACACGUGCACG